UCCGUUCUUUAAUAAAAACCGAAGGAGGCUUCCCUUCACCCCCGCCCCUACCACCACCAUCAAGAAACUCUCCCCCACACAAAAUAGCAAAUUGAUUUUCAGUUCCUAUUUUAUUUAGAUUCAAAUCUUUUUCCUUAUUAAUUUUGAAUAGGGAUACAAUCCAUCCAUGGCUUCUACGGCGAGAAAAGACGUUGAUCGGAUCAAAGGUCCAUGGAGUCCCGAAGAAGACGAGGCGUUACAGAGAUUGGUCCAAAACUAUGGCCCCAGAAACUGGUCUUUGAUAAGCAAAUCGAUUCCUGGUCGAUCUGGCAAGUCGUGCCGGUUACGAUGGUGUAACCAGCUCUCCCCUGAGGUCGAGCACAGGCCCUUUUCUCCUGAAGAAGAUGAGACCAUUGUCAAGGCCCAUGCUCGUUUUGGUAACAAGUGGGCCACCAUAGCUCGCCUCCUCAAUGGCCGCACCGAUAACGCCAUAAAAAACCACUGGAACUCCACCCUCAAGCGGAAAUGCUCUUCCCUGAGUGACGAUUUAAGCGACGAUGGAAAUGCCCAGCAACCUCUAAAAAGAUCCGCCAGUGUUGGUGCGGGCACAAACAUUUCGGGUCUUCAACUGAAUCCGAACAGCCCAUCCGGAUCCGACGUCAGUGAUUCAAGCCUGCCUGGCAUGCCUUCUUCUCCAGUUUACAGACCCAUUGCGAAAGCGGGCUCCCUUGUCUCUCCCGGCCUUUUAAUAGAUGCUGUCUCAUCCACUACGGAUCCGCCAACAUCUUUGAGCCUCUCCCUUCCUGGAUCCGAUUCUUGCGAAGCCUCAAAUCCAAUAUCUAUUUCCGGGUCAGGAUCCGGAUUCAAUCAAGCAGUAAACCCGAUACAAGAUGUACAUACACCGGUGGCACAGCCAGCUGCUGGGGCAGUGCAGCAAGCUCCAGCUGGACAAUAUAAGGGAAUUGGGUAUGAGAAGCAGUUUUUCAGUCCUGAGUUUUUGGCAGUGAUGCAAGAAAUGAUACGGAAGGAAGUGAGAAAUUAUAUGUCUGGUAUUGAGCAGAAUGGGCUGUGCUUGCAAACUGAAGCCAUAAGAAAUGCCGUUGUUAAGCGUAUUGGGAUUAGUAGAAUCGAGUAGACAAACAGAGUAGUGUCUAGUGAUCAAUCAAAGAUUAUCCAGCUGAGCCGACUCAGCAAGAAUCGGAUAGAGAGAGAGAGAGAGAGAGGAUUAAAAAAAAAAAAGAAGGAAGAUCUGGAAGGGGAAAACGAUCUUUGUUUACUUAAGUUGCUUUAAUCGUUUCUUUAUACAGAAGUAAUAAUUUUGGUAGUGUACAGAAGAAAAAAUUGGUAUCUUAGAGUGCUCUGUUUAUGGCAGAAGCAGAGGAUGUAUGAUAAGGGAAUGGUGGAGGAAAAGAGAAAUUCUUGAAUAUGAACUUCAAAAAAGGAGAGAAAAAUCUAUCAAUGUUUUUAAUAUACAUUAUUUCUUUCUCCUUUUA